AUAGAUCGAUUUCGUUUUAUGUGCAAUUUAAGAGUAUUGAACUUGGAAGGUAACCCAGUUGCACAAAACAUGGAUUUUCCCUUAUCGCAAUAUAUAAUAACUUUAUUACCGAAUCUUCACUACUAUGAAUAUACUUUCAUUAAGAGUGAAAUGAGAGAAAAGGCACAAAUACGAUUUUGCCGCGAAUUACGUGAAGUUGAAUACCUGCAGGAAAAAGAAAUUCAAGCACGUGAGUCACAGGCUCGAGAGCAAUCUGAAGCUAAACGUUUAGCUUCCAGUUUUGUAGAUCAUUUAGAUGGCAAUCAGCUAUUUGAUUCGUUUUGGCGAGAUGAUGCAGAUGGCCGUGUGUUAAUGUUGGUUGGACAGCAAGCUCAGGAACUGGCGGAAGAAUAUGAAAAAGAUGUGUUUGAGCUAACCCAAGAAAUUUAUAAAUUAGGAUUAAAACGAUUUGUGGAACGAGAUGAAGAAAUAAGGGAUUUUAUGGAUAAUUUACAAGAUGGACAAAAGGAACUUCAGACUUUAGGUCAAAGGGAAAUUGAAGACUUUCUUCAAUAUAAGGAUAGAGUUUUCGAAGAAGCUCGGAUAACACUACGUUUAUUAGAACAGAAUGUUAUGCACGGAGAUGAUGAAGAUUCUCUCGAAAAUCUCAAACUAUCUGAUAUAAUGGACAAAUUGAAUGUACACUUCGAAGAUGCUUUGAAUGAUAUGUGGCUUGUCCUUAUGUCACAGGAGUUGCAUUUGCACGAAACUAUUGAGGAGUCUACAACAAACUUUCAUCGUAAAAUUUCGGACAUGAUGUCAAAAUUUUUGGAACAGUCACAAUCAUUCUUUGUCCAAUUGCGCGAGAUAUCAGUACAUUUUUCCGAAAAUAUGACUGAAAUAGUAACCAGAUUUAUUUCUACCAAACUUGCAAUGCAAGAUUUUGAAGACGUUCCCCCUGAACUAAGGAUGUGUAUGCAUGACCGCGAUGCUAUUUUAAAUUUAAUAGCUGGAAUGAAGGAUGCACACACCUUUCGAAUUGACGAGCGUGAAGAUCGAAUGGCUACACGAAGUAAAGAGUUUAUUGAUAACAUGAUUAACAAGCUUAACAA